AUGCCUUUCAUGAACACCAAAGGUGCAACAACGCUCGGUCACACUUUCCGGAACUUUGACCAGACCAUCAUCACAAUCAAAGUCGGCUCCAAAGACUACCCCGAGUCUUUCAGCUGCCAUCGCGAACUCCUGCGAAGAUGUUCUCCAUACUUCAACACGUGCUUGGAGGAGAAGACCGAGUCGCCCUACAAGAGCUCAGCCACGACGCUUGAGCUAGAAGACACCCACCCCGAUGUUUUCGACGCGUUCAUGCUCUGGUUGUACACUGGCUUCAUCCCGCACCAUCUCAUUGAAGGCGGAAAGGAGAUCCAUCCCCCGACGCAUGCCAUCAGCGUGCAGGGAGAGGAUUCCUCCAGUCACACCGAUGGUACCGACACAGAGGACGUUGACACUACAUCAUGGGGCCUGGGUCUGGACAACGACGACGCUCCAGCUGAAGCAACACCAGCCCCUGUCGAAGCAGAGAGCACCCCCGCGCCAGCUAUCGCGGAGAAGGUACCUGGCGACGUUCCAGAACCCGAGAAGGCUGCUCCGGUACCACCGCCUCGCAACCCAGCCGAGAAGCAUGAGGCGCCGAAAGAGACGCUAUGCCCAUGUUGCUCAAGGCCAUACAAAUGGAGGGGCUUGGAAGGUUUCCUGGAGCGCCGCUUCAUCUCGCUCUACGUCUUCGCUCACCGCUACGCCAUAACCAGGUUACGUCGCGCCGUCUUGCUAGCAUGGCAAACAAACGACGAGAUUCUACAAGUCAUGCCCGACCACAGCAAUGUCAUCGCCGCUUACGAGAGCCUUCCUCCGGAUGCGCCCCUCUGCCGAUACUUCCUCGACAUGUACUCCGUGUACUGGAACCCCGAUCGCGACGACGAGCGCACCAUCGCGUUGCGAAGUCAGCUCCCACAAGCCUUCCUAUUCGAGUUAGCCACCGUACUAGCGCGAGGUGAGCGACCCAAAAUUGAGAAGGAGUGGUGCGAGUUCCACGAGCACGAGAACGAGGAGGACAGGAAAGCUUGUCUCGAUGAGAUGUCCAAGGACCCAGUUGCUAGCAAGGCGCUGCGACGGAUCAAGGACAGCAAGGGCUGGAAGGGCCUGGUGCUCAAGAAGGGCAAGAGAUGACGAAAUCAUGACAACUGGUCAGGUAUAUCUCAUAAUUGGUAGUUUUGGCGUUUGCGGCUAUGUAGUAUCUUUUCUUUUCCUUUUCGGUCAAGCAAUGAGACCUAUUCUCUCUUCCUCUA